AUGAAUUUUAAUCUUUUAUUUGUCUUGGCUUUCUUGGUAAUAUCCUCAAGUGCUUUUUAUUAUUACAAUCCAUAUUAUACUUACUCAAGUUAUUAUCCCUCUUCAUAUAAUUAUCGUUAUUCUGGUUACUAUCCAUCAUAUUAUGGAUAUACUGGUGCUUCAUAUUACCCAUACUAUGGAUAUUAUGGCUUUGGAAGUAAUCAAAAUAAAAAUGACAUUAAGAAUGCCCCAGCUCAAGAAGGUUAUUCAGAGUCAAGUCUUACAAACAACCGUCUAAAUAGAUUGUAA